AUGUCCACCAGUCUUUCACCAUCUCAUACAGUUCUACCGAUGAAUGAAUUCUCGGAUGCAGCAGUUAUUGUUACCACAACUAUGCAACAUCCAAAACAAAUACAAACACGUCCUUUAAAACAUAAACAUGCAAAUCGAUCAGUUCCAAUUCUAUCAUCUAUGUUACGAAUACCAUCAGAAACUAGUGAUCGAUUUUUUAGCAAUUUUAUGCAUCGAACACUAACAAAUCGUCAAAGAGCUGAAAUUCAAUUGGAAAGUAUUCUUAAUGAUCCUGAAGCUUCAUUACCAAUAUUUGCACGUCGAACUAGUGAUAAUCUAUCUGAUGAUAGAAUGUCUCUUGAACAAGCAUCAAAAUUACUUAAUACUCAGCCAUUUAUUAUUGAACGUCUUGUUAAUGUUCUUUACUCAUCAGAUACGAAUGAAGAUAGAAAUUCAUUGGAUAAAAUUCAUGUACAAAAAUUAACAAGAGUUUUAAAUGCGACAAUAGAUGUUCGUGCACUCUUAUUUUUUAUGGUACUUGAUGCAGAUAGUGAUGAUUAUAUAACUGAUAUUGGUGUAUCACAAUUUUAUGAACAGUAUUUAAAAAGUCUUAAAACAUUUGAUAGUAAUCGAUUACAUGAAGUUAUUCAAGCAUUACUUCAAAAAUUUCAUCUUGAUCAAAAACAACAAAUUGAUUUUGAAGAAUUUUUUUCAAUUGUUUCAAAAGAUACAAUAUUACUUGAAUCUUUAUCACAAUUUACUGUUCAUCCAACAUGGUUUCUUCAAUCAUUAUCAUCUUUACCACAAAAAAAAUCAAAAUUACAACGAUUAUUAUCUAAUAUCUGUUGGCAACAAAAAAUUUAUGAACAACAAAAAAAUAAACUAACUAUUGAUUAUAUCAAAGAUAAUCUUUCACGUAUUAUUCUCCUUAUUAUUUAUAUAUUGAUUAAUCUUGCUUUACUUCUAUAUGUUGUCAUUUAUCGUUCAACUGUUACAAAAUCAAAUAUACUUGUCGUAUUUGCACGUAUUGGAGGAAUGUUAUUAAAUUUUAAUUGUGCAUUUAUCAUUGUACUUAUGCUUAACACGUUGACUGUCCGGUGUAUCAUAUGUGAUGCACGAUACUUUGGACUGAGACGUCCCGUGCAUCACAUAUGA